UAGAAGACUUGAGGGAUUGACCAUUGUGAAUGGCUCUCAAACUUCACACUCUGUUUAAGAGCAAGCCAGGAAUUGCUCUUGCUUAUUACUUGCAUCUGCUCUGCCUCUGCGCACUCUUAAACUCCCCAUAACAAAGCCAACUUCUGCCACUUUAUGCAUUGCUCCACCUUCUAAAAUGCGUGCGACUUGAGUUUGUCAGGGAUCAAAAUCCAGAGUUUUCUGGUAAAGUUCGCAGGGUCCAGACACAGUUUAAAGUUUGAUUCUUCAUUUUGGACAUUGAAUCAUCGGUAAGCAUUAGUUAAGAGUCAUCAGAAUAUCCAGAUUCUCAAAAAAGCAAUUAUGAGUUAUCUUUGCAAUCGGCAAGGGAAUAGUGCAAGGAAGGCCGACAUUGAGGGGCAACGGCAAGUUCUUAAGAAUGGUAGAGGUGAUUCAGUGAAAGAAGAAAAGACUUUGAAGACAUAUAUUCUUGAUAUUCUUGACCCGAGGGAGAAAUUCCUUAAAAGAUGGAGGGUAGGAUUUGUAUUGUCGUGUAUGACUGCAGUAGCAGUGGAUCCAUUGUUCUUUUACCUUCCUGUGGCUGUGAUCAAUCAAAACAAGUUGUGCAUUGAGUUUGACGGUAGAUUGUGGAAAACAACUCUCGUUUUGCGAACUUUCUUCGAUAUCAUUCACCUACUACAUAUUAUAUUGCAAUUUCGCACUGGUUUUAUUGAUGAGGAACUUCGGAAACUGGCAAAACCUGAGUUAAAUACAGAUGCUUGGAAAAUAGCUCAGAAAUAUUUGUGGCCUCGGUUCAUACUCGACAUUCUAACUCUUCUUCCCAUCCCACAGGUGGUAGUUCGAAUUAUUAUUUCAGAAAUGAAAGGCACAGAAUCUACACAUAAAGUAAAAUUCCUGAAUGCUGUUGUUCUCUUCCAAUAUGUGCCAAGAGUUUAUCAAAUCUACCUAUCCUGGAGGAAACUAAUAACAAAUGACAAGAAAUUUGAUAGAAUCUUACGGGUCAAAGCUCCAUUGAAUUUCAUUCUAUACAUCCUUGCUGGACAUGUAUUGGGAGCGUUUUGGUAUUUUUUCUCUAUUCAACGACUAGCAGCUUGCUGGCAGCGGAAGGGAGCGUGUGAUCAAAAUCGUACUGGAUGUUAUGGAACUUCUUUUUACUGUGAUCGCAGUUCUGGAGAUAAUCUCUCUUUUAUAAAUGAUAUUUGCCGAAAAUAUGUCCUAAAUACAACGUCGGCCUUUGACUUUGGAAUAUUUCUUCCAGCCCUUCAGUCUGGUGUCUUAGAAUCGCCUGAUUUUCCACAAAAAUUAUUUUUCAGUUUCUGGUGGGGCAUGCGAAAUCUGAGUUCUCUUGGUGGAAACCUCCAAACAAGUAACUAUAUAUGGGAAAACUGCUUUGCACUUUCUAUUUCUAUCUUUGGCUUGAUUCUAUUUCUAUAUUUCUUGGGAAAUUUGCAGGUGAGUACCUAAUUCUCUUCUUUUUUU